GCUAACUGCUGGGAGUCACCCGGAAAGCUUGGCUAAUUGGUGGCACGAUGCAAGUUGGAGACUGCGGAUUUGCCAAACGACAUCACUGCAUAUCAUAUCCGUGUGACGAGAAAAAUAUUUCGUAACGACAUUGGCGCGGGUUGCUGCGCGUGAGGAUUUUUCCAAUCACUGUGCAUCGGAACUGAAACACCAGCAGCGGGCUGCUGAGCCGAUCAGCUGCGAACAUCUAUAACUCCCAGUCAGAUAGAUCGCAUUACUCGGGUUGCACCAUGGCGCCUGUAGGGCUUGACACGAGCAGCCCAUCCAGCGGGUCCUCCUGGUUCAAAGUUGCAGCCAUCGCAGCUGGCGUCACGCUCACAGCGGGUGUUGGCUAUGUGAUCUACAAGUACGUGCUGCUGCCGACGUUCGCGGAGGAGGAGGAUUCGCCCGCGGAGGCCGCCCCGCUGUCGAUGCAGUCGCUGCUCACCGGUGGCGCCGUGGGCGCCAAGCCGGCUGCCACUGGCCCGGUGCUCCCAGUGCGCAAGACGCCAUCGCCGACUCCCGCCAAGGCGCGCGGCGGCCCGUCGCUUCCGGCGCGCAAGUCGCCGUCCGGAGCCACGGCUGCCGGCAAGGCUGCCACUGACGCCGAGGCCUCCGCCUCCGCCUCGGCAGCCACCGCAACCGCCACCACGGCCAAGGCCGCCGCGCCGGUCGCUGCCAACCUCAAGUCCUGCGGCUGCUGCUCGCAGCCGCUCAAGGCGGGCGGCCUGCCGCAGCGCUGCGGGCAGUGCAAGGCCGUGUACUACUGCUCUGCAGCCUGCCAGAAGAAGCACUGGCCCGAGCACAAAGCCGCCUGCGCCAAGCCCGGCGCGGCCGACAAGCCCGCAUCACCCUCCGAAGAAGCCGCCGCCGACGCCGCCGCAGAAGAGGUCGUCGCGGAGCCCGCGGCCGAGGCCGAGGCCGCCAGCACCAGCGGCCCCGGUACAAGCAGCAACAGGGAGGCUGAGGCCAGCGGCAGCGGCAGCAGCGUAGCCGACAAGGACGCUGGGGAGGGUGCCAGCAGCAGUGCCGGCGACGCCGGCGCCUCUGGCUCGGCGGCGGCGGGCGGCGGCUUGCAGAGCGCGCUGGUGGAGGUGCUGCGUCAGGCGGCUGAGAAGGGCGCGGGCACCCUGGACGGCGCGUUUGAGGAGGCGGUGAUGCACUUCCUGGGGGGCAAGCUGGCCACGGCGCUGUCCGCCUUCGGCUCGCUGCAGGCCGCCGCGCGGCAGGCGGGCCGCUCAGACCUGGUGCUGGAGCUGCACAAGUGGCUGGGGCACACGCACACCAAGCUGGGCAACUUCAACGCGGCGGCGGACGCAUUCAACGCCGGCAUCGACGCAGCCAAGGCCGCCAAGAACACGGCUGCACGUGUGGACAACUCCAUCGGCCUGGGCAACCUGUGGAAGAUGGCGGGGCAGCUGACCAAGGCGGCUGAGGUGCUGAAGGAGGCGCUGUUGGUGGCGCAGGAGGAGGACAGCGCGGGCAUGCAGUCCGAGGUGCUUGUGGCUCUGGGCAAUGUGGUGAUGUCGGUGGACGCCGAGGAGGGCCUGGCGUGCCUACAGAUCGCGGUCAAGCUGCGCGAGGACGAGGUGGCCAAGGCCGCGGAGACGGGCGACCGCGCCGCCAUGGCCACUGGCAUGAUGCAGGCGGCUGCGGCCAUGGUCAACAUGGCAGCGGCGCUGUUCGCCACUCGCCGCUUCGAGCAGUCCAAGCAGGCGUACGAGCAGGCCAUGGAGAUCUUUGAGCUGAUGGAGGACCACGACAAGGUCAUCCAGGUCUUGAUCAACCUGGCCAACCUGGCGGAGCUGCAGCUGGACACCCCGGGCGAGGCGCUGGAGAUCCGCAAGAAGCUGAACGCGGCUCUGAAGGAGGCGGGCCACUCGGGCAUUGCCGGCGGCGCCGCCACGUCGCCGUGCGGCGUGUGCCAGAGGCCCAUUGAGGUACUCAAGGCGCGGGCCCGGGGCGCGGCGGGCGAGGAGGGCGGCGGCGCCAUGGUGGUGCUGGGCUGCAUGCACGUGCAGCACGACGCCUGCUUCAAGCUGCACUGCGACCAGUCCAAGGAGAGCUCUGCGGCCGUGGCGGCCGCGGCGGAGGCAGCUGCCAAGGGAGGCGAGGCCGCGGCGGCCAUUGCCGCUGUGGCGGCCAGCCCGGGUGCCAAGCGCACCACCACCUGCCCCACCUGCAAGGCGCCUGUGCCCGUGAUGACUUAGAAGGAUCAGGCGGCUUUUAGGCGCGAUGUGCUCGUGUAGGGUGUAGCAUGGGUGGAUGGGGGCAGGAAGGGAGUUUGGGGGGCGCAGGGCAGGAUGAGCAGCCGGGUGCAUGAGGAAGGGGGCUGAUGCAAGGGUUGGGUGAUAUGGAGACUUAAGCGAAGUAAGCAGGGGCACAGGGGCACUCAGCCGGGAGCAGGCGGUUGGAGGUGUGAUGAGCAGAGGAAUGGCUCAUGGCUGUUGUGACUUGUGAGAGAGUAUGGUGCGCAAUGCGGUGCGGGCAUGCCUUGCCUUUUGCUUUGACGCUGCAGAUGCAGGCCUCUCAUGCGGAGUUGCAAGCCAUCCGUUAUGUAACAUGCUCUCAUG